UUCCUUCUUUUUUUUUUUUUUUUUUUUGUUUUUGGUAAUCUUGUUUAGUCCGAAAGCUGUUCUGGAAAUAAAAUGAAUAAGCAUGGAAGUCAUCACUCUGUAGCAUAAAAACGGAUUGCAUAAUUUGGUCUCAGUUCUAGGGAGUGAUUUGCAUAAAUCAGUGCUAUACCACUUAUUUAGAAAUGGACUAUAUCAAAAAAAAAAAUAUUUGCUUAAUCUGCUGUAUGUCCAUAAAUUCGUAAGAAAAGUAUAAUGUACUGAAAAGACUUAUUCAUAGUGUGCAAAAUUAAUGAUGUCUUAACUUAAAAUAUAAUAUUUGGAACUUCUGAGAUGUUAUAUUGACCAAGUUAAUUACAUAAACAAAUUUGCUUUGCAUCCUAGAUGGAAAGUUUUAACUACUGAGUUAAAAUGUUGGGAUGAAAUUCCUUUAGGUUUUUAUUCGCUUAGGGUUGAGAGAGGGCCUGGCUGGAUGAAGGUUUUGAUUUGAGUAGAUUUUAGUUUUCUUAAGCGAUUUUUGGCCAAGAUAGACAUUCCCUAUUUUAAACAAUUUCACUUAUUAUUUUGCAUAUCAUUCUCACAUAUAUUGUUUGGACAGGUACCUGGAACAUGGAGAUGGAUGUUAGGAGUAUCAGGUGUGCCAGCUGUCAUUCAGUUUGUCUUGAUGCUUUUUAUGCCAGAGUCUCCCCGGUGGCUUUUUAUGAAGAGGGAUAAAGAUAAAGCCAUUUCCAUUCUUAAUGUACAGAGUGAUAAAGAUAAAGCCAUUUCCGUGCUUGCUAGAAUUUAUGACAUUGAUCGGUUAGAGGAUGAAAUUGAUCACCUUUCUGCUGCUUCAGAGGAAGAACGCCAGAAAAAGAGUACUGUCAGAUACUUGGAUGUUUUUAAAAGAAAAGAGAUCAGACUUGCAUUUCUGGCUGGGGCUGGGCUUCAGGCUUUUCAGCAGUUCACGGGUAUAAAUACAGUUAUGUACUACAGCCCAACAAUUGUUCAAAUGGCCGGCUUCGAAUCAAACCAGCUCGCACUUCUCCUAUCUCUCGCUAUUGCCGCUUUAAACGCAGUUGGAACAAUUGUUGGGAUUUACCUAAUUGACCAUUUUGGAAGGAAAAAGUUGGCCCUCUCAAGUUUAUUUGGUGUAGUUUUAUCCCUUGUCCUCCUCGCUUGGGCAUUCUUUGCCGAAUCAUCUGGUUCCUCUAGUGGGCUCUAUGGGUGGAUUGCAGUUCUUGCAUUAGCCCUAUAUAUUGCUUUCUAUUCACCUGGAAUGGGACCUGUGCCAUGGACUGUGAACUCCGAGGUGUAUCCUGAGCAAUACCGAGGGACAUGUGGGGGUAUGUCCGCUACUGUAAAUUGGGUCUCAAACUUGAUUGUAGCCCAAAGCUUUCUUUCAGUAGCUGAUGCUGUUGGUACCGGAGCCACUUUCUUGAUUCUCGCUUGCAUUGCUGUACUUGCAAUUGUGUUUGUGAUCGUAUUUGUGCCAGAGACUCAGGGAUUGACAUUUCUUGAAGUGGAACAGAUUUGGAAAGAGAGAGCUUGGGGCACUAUUUCCAACACAGAAAGCCUCCUGGAGCAUGGAAAUGACCCCUAAGGUUCGUGACAACCCAAAACCGGUGUUUCGAGUUUACAGAUUUCCAACAGUGUAAAGUUUGUGAUAAGGUGAGUAGCAUUUUAAAAUUAGUACUGAAUUUAGAGAUUCCGAACAUGGUUAUAGAUCAUUGAUGUACAUGUGGAUGCAUAAAGUAAAGUUUAUUACUAGGAACCCGAUCCACGCAGACCAUGGAAUCAACUUUUAUGUUCCAUGGUUUAAGAAUGUCAUCAUGGACGGGCAUAUAAACCUUAGGGAUGUACGAGAGACGAGUAGACUGUUGUGUUGAUAUAAGGCUUGUGUAGUCAUGUACUCGAGAGUGAUUUGUUGUACCUCUAGUAAAGGUACAUUGGAAUUGUUUAUAUUGUUUGUUUUU